GACGGAAAUAUCAAGGAACUUGCUCUAGCACUCUGAUCGAUAAAGAUUCCCUUUGACGGAGACCCCCCCCCCCAUAACUCAGACGGAAGGUCCCCUGGACUGGGAUGAUGAGCUCUAUGUCGAGCCUGACGUCAUCCCACGAUACAUGCCUCCUUUAUCCACUUCGUCCACUAGAAUUCUUGUUCUGGACCUCUUUGGUGCCAUCCUUGGUCGUGAUGGUGCUAUAAACGAUGCUAUGCGUUUGCUAUCACCAUUGUAUUCCGACAGAUGCCGACUGUCUGAACUGCAUCUCGAAUACGAAUUUAUGAGACACAAAGACCAUGUUGACACACCCUAUAUAGAUAUCGUGCACCACGCUUUGGAGGAUGUCUGUACUUUUCUGGAACUGCCGCUCAACGAAGUAGUAUUCCGCGAAGCUGUCCAGAUUAUACUGCAGCCUGGUUUAUAUGCCGAUGCAGAAGCAGCUGUGGGGACGUUCCUGGAUCAGGGUUAUGCGCUGCUCGGUCUUCCGAUCCCGGACGCGAAGUAAUUUUCACUUCCUCAGCUUCCAUCUGGUCUCCAUGUUGACAAUGAACCUGCGCCCCUUUCGGAUCUCUUCUGCCAACACCACCCCAUUUUUUCUGGCCUCUUGGAGCGCUAUCGCGUAGCAUGGGGCAUCGCCGAGAAAAACCAGGUUCUUGUAGUGACUUCCAGCCCUUCCCGAGUGAUGGAACCGG